AUGACAACUGAGAACCCCUUGUCUCAAGAUGACUGGCACAUCGAGGAGGACCCAAACGUGGACUACGAUUUGCGGCUGAGGACCGCGAGCCUGGCGCUGGAUGAAGCCCAGCCUCAGAAGCAAACUGGAUUCCGUCAAGGGUUCAUCUACAUGGACCACAUCCACACCGUGUCAAGGGUCACAGAGGUUUGCCAGGAAUACCGUCUGCCCCUUGUUCUAACCUUUGUUGACUAUGAGAAAGCCUUUGACAGCGAAGAAACAAAUGCAAUACUGUCAGAGCUGGUCCAUCAAGAGACGAUGCUCAACGAACUGAACGAAGCAGCGAAGAGAGUAGGACCGCGAAUAAACAGAAAGAAGACACAGUUCAUGAAGAACACCUACUGCGAGAACGGAGUAGAACUUGAAGGCUCCCAAAUGGUGGAAACUUCGUUAUACGUUUACCUUGGACGUUCUGUGAAUAUGGAAACGACUUGA